GAUGUGCAAGACGCUGACCAACCAGCUUCGUCCUUCUUGACAUUUUGAAAAAGUUGGCGGCCGUAUUCGUUGGGAGGAAGAGUUGAGCCACACUUUAAAGUUGUCGAUUUAGCACAAAGAUGCAGAAUAAAGAAAAUCACGUGCCAAGGGCUUUGCAGCAGCAGUCCUCGAGUAUUUUGGCAGGCCCACAGCGUGUUCUGGUGAAACCCUGGCUAACUGCAGACAAAAAUGUAGUCACAGGACCUGUCAGAGAGUGUGUUGGUUCAUCCUCCAGUUCAGUUGCAAAGCAAGUCACCAUUGACGACUUUGACAUCGGUCGACCCCUGGGGAAGGGCAAGUUUGGCAACGUGUACCUUGCCAGGGUGAAGAAGCUGCAAGCCAUUGUAGCCCUGAAGGUGUUGUUCAAGUCGCAGAUGGAGAAGGAGGGUGUGGAGCAUCAACUCAGGAGGGAGAUCGAGAUCCAGGCCCACCUCAAGCAUCCCAACAUCCUUCGCUUCUACAACUAUUUUCAUGAUCGCAAGAGGGUGUUUUUGGUGCUCGAGUACGCGCCACGUGGCGAGCUGUACAAGGAGCUCCAGAAAUACGGACGCUUUGAUGACCAGCGCACUGCCACGUACAUGGAAGAGAUCUCCGAUGCACUGUUGUACUGUCACGCGAAGAAAGUUAUCCAUCGUGACAUCAAGCCAGAGAAUCUACUACUUGGCUACCGUGGGGAGCUGAAAAUUGCCGAUUUUGGUUGGUCGGUUCAUGCGCCUUCUCUCAGGCGUCGUACAAUGUGUGGAACGCUGGAUUACCUCCCUCCCGAGAUGAUCGAGGGCCGCACCCACAGCGAGAAGGUGGACCUGUGGUGCAUUGGAGUCCUCUGUUAUGAGUGCCUUGUGGGGAACCCUCCCUUCGAAACUACCUCUCACUCUGAUACCUACAAAAGAAUUAUGAAGGUGGAUCUAAAGUUCCCAAGUGUCGUCUCCGAGGGGGCACGGGACCUGAUCAGCAAGCUGCUUCGCCACUGCCCCACCGAUCGUCUACCGCUACAGCGCGUCAUCGAGCACCCGUGGGUCCGCGACAAUUCGCGCCGGAUCUUACCCCCCAUCUGUCCUGCCAAAACCUCGUGAGC